UCAAAUAAAAUAAAAUAUAUCAUAAAUUAAUAAAUAAAUUAUAUUAUAUACAGUUUAAAGAUAUCAUUAAAUUAAAUUUUUAUCUAUUAAAACGAUUAUUACUUAUUGAAAAGUAAUAACUUAACAUACAUUCAUAACAGCACAUUUAACAUUCAACUUAUCUAUAGUAGAUAGAUAGUAAUCGAUUUGAAAUGAUAUGUUACUCUAUGGAGAUUUGUAUUUUACAUAAGAGGAAAAAUGGUAAAUGAAGAAAUAGUGGAAUUUAAUAAGAAAUCACAACCAAUUUUUAAAAAUCCAAUUUUUCAACAAAAAUUUCGAUCUACUAGUACCACUGGAAAGAAACGAACUUGGCGCUCAUUAAAACAAGUCUUAGCUCAAGAACGUAUUUUACCAUGGCUUCCAGAAGUAGUGCAUUAUAGUUCUAUUAAUGCACCGCCAAGCUUUAGACCAGCAAAAAAGUACUCUGAUAUUUCUGGAUUACCCUCACGAUAUACAGAUCCACAAACUAAAUUAUACUAUGCAACUGCAGAAGAAUUUGCAACAGUUCGAAGUCUACCAAUGGAUAUAACUGCUGGAUAUCUAGCGUUGCGCGGUGCCUCCAGUAUUGUUGGAUAAAAUAAAUGAGAAUUUUAUUUUCUAUAAUUUCCUUAUAUUUAAAUAAUAUAGAACACGGAUAUUUUAUUUUGUAAUUAUAUCAUACUUAUUGUAGAAUAACGAAAUAGGUGUAAAUCUGUAAAUUAAUUAUAAGGCUGCAAAUGUAAACAAAAAUAUAUCGAAUUUAUAAAGAGACAAAA